AUUUCGCAAACAGCGCCAACGAGGCGAUAAACGAAACUACGGAACGUCAUCUGAAAAUUAAUAUGGCCACAAACGGUUGUCAUUACGUGAUAACGAGAUAUAAAUGUUGAAAUAACAGUGAAAGUACGAAGAAAUCGCGAAAGAUAUUGUGAAUAUAAAAUUAUUACUAUAAUAGGGAAAAAAUCUGUUAAUUAGUAUACUACAAAAUAUGCGUUUCGACUUCUUAUUUCAAGAUGUAGAAAUAGAAUUUAUUCUAACACGAUAGAUUAAUCGUAAAGUCUUUCGAAAAAUAGAUGUUAUCAGCUUACGGUUAUUCUGAAACGGUAUAACUUCGCGAUGUAUAUAUACACAGUUAUUCCACCUGUUACCUACAUACACAAUACUAUCUAACGUUAUGUCAAUUUCAUUCUUUCUAUAUAGCAGACAUUCAAAUGUAAUUGACGUUAAACCGGCUGAAACAAACAUGACCCCCUAAAUGUAAAAUAGUAUAAACUAUUUUCAAGAUGAGUUGUUCUGUGGAAUUAAGACAACGCAGACAACAGGGGAUGACGGAGGAUCCUCAUAGACUUGCAGCAAUGAUGAAUAAAUCUCAAAGACUUGUUUUAGGACUUUUGGUUUUAUUGUUGGUUGAUAUCAUUUGGGUUUCAAGCUCUGAAUUGACGAAAUAUAUUUAUAGAGAAGCAGCUUUUGAAAAACCAUUUUUUAGUACAUAUAUAAAAACAUCCAUGUUUACUCUUUAUUUACUUGGUUUAUGCUUUUGGCCUCCAUGGCGAGAUCAAUGUAAUAGGCCAGCAACUUAUAUGUUCAUAGACCCGAAUGUCGAAGAUGACAAUUUCUACACAGAAGCUAAUACAAGUUUGAGUGAUCCAACAUUCGUGCCGAUAAAGACACCAGAUCAUUGUGAACGCUCUUCUGGUACAGAAAGCGACGAUUCUUCCAUUCGAUCUGUAAGAUUUAGCAAAUUAGCAGAAGUCAGACAUAUGUCAGAAAGCGAUGCUACAGAAGCUUUACUAGCUAGACUAAGUUAUCAAGCAAGCAUCAGAGCUGGGGAACAUGCUCGACGACAAGCUAAUAAAUUUUCUGUUCAGAAAGUAGCUAAAAUUGCACUUAUGUUUUGUUUAUUUUGGUUCUUAGCAAAUUACACUUAUCAAAUAGCACUAUCUGAAACAGAAGCUAGUGUUGUUACAGUACUAUCUUCUACGUCGAGUUUAUUCACUCUAUUCCUUGCUGCCUUCUUUCCAAGUAAUGGAGGAGAUAAGUUUACAUUAUCAAAACUAGUUGCUGUAUCUGUUAGCAUAUUUGGAUUAGUAUUAGUUGGUCUUUCAGAUUUAACAAUAGAAAGUAGUAGAAUACCAACAGGUAUAAUAUUGGCUCUAGUCAGCGCAUUGUUUUAUGCAGCAUAUAUUGUAUUUUUGAAGAGAAAAGUCGAUCACGAAGAUAAAAUGAAUAUACCAAUGUUUUUUGGAUUUGUGGGACUUUUCAAUUUAACACUCUUGUGGCCACUAUUUUUUAUUCUUCAUUAUGGUCACUGGGAAGAAUUUGAAUGGCCCGAUACUCAUCAGUGGACAUUUUUAAUCAUGAAUGGAUUUAUUGGCACUGUAUUAAGUGAAGUUCUUUGGCUAUGGGGUUGUUUUCUGACAUCAUCACUAAUAGCAACAUUGGCUAUUAGUUUAACAAUGCCAAUGUCAAUGAUAGCUGAUGUUCUAUUAAAAAAGGUCGAGUAUCCUUGCAUUUUUUACUUAGGAACCAUUCCAAUGCUAUUAGCAUUUUUGACUGUAUCUAUAUUAUCCCAUUAUGAUAACUGGGAUCCUGUUAUGGAUUUAAUAAAGAGACUGUAUCUCUGGAUUUGUCGAAAGAAUAGAUCUACAAGAAUACCAGAUCUUGAAGCGGAACAGACAGAAUCACUUAUAGGAAUAAAUAAUGGUGAACACGAAGCUUGAUUCGACAAUAAAAGCAGUCGCAUAAUGCAAAUGUUUUCUGUAAAUCUCUACAAAGGUAAUCUAUAUUUUGUUUAUGUCUAAAAUCAUUUUAUAAACAAUAUAUGCUAAGUUCAGAAAUUCUUUUAUAUGUAUAAAGAAAUAUGAUAUACUGAUAUAUACAUAUGUAUGCAUAUAUCAGUACUCUAUAAAGCAAUUAUUACACAUGAUAUAUCUGGAGAAAUUUAUGUUUUUCGUGAAAAAAUGAUAAUAGAAAAAAAAAACGGCUUUAACACCACUGAUAGAAUGAAAAUAUAUAACUUGUCAAAGUAAUUAUAACUUAUAAAAGUAAGCAUUUGUCUCUUUAGCUCGCAAAAAAUAUUACAAUACUGCCAGACAAUAAUAAUAAUUUAUUUGAAAUGAAGCUUACAACUUUUUUUUUAAGUAUUGUAUAUCUGUAAACUACCUCUGUGCAAGAAAGUAUUGGCAUUGAUCUACAACUUCGUAUAGUAUGUUCAUAUAUAUAUAUAUAUGUGUGUGUGUGUGUAUGUAUAUAUAUGAAUAUGUUCGUAUAUAUAUAUGUAUAUGAAUUAUGUUCCAUCUUAUCUAUAAUUUGAUUUAGAAACAGCUUUGUAUUAAGAGGAUCAAUGAGAGAGUAUAUACUAUUCAAUAUUUCAACUGUUUCAUAAACGUUUAAAAAUUCUAUUAAGAGAAAUACAUUUUCUCUAAAAAUUUGUUAUAUUUCAUAAAGAGAUGAAAAAUUUUACAAUAUUGUUUGAUUAAAGAACAUUUGCAUUCAUUCAGAAGAUUAUAACGACAUAUAAUAUGUAACAUAAGAACAAUAUAAUUCAAAUUAUGUAAAUAUGCAAUACUCAAAAUAUCAUUUGAUGUGCAAUACUUCGAUUUGUUAAACUUUAUAAAUGUUACAAGAUACAUGACUAAGUAUUUUAUAACGUGUUCUACUGUUGUCGUAAUUUGUCUUCUUUUGCUACAUUCUUAUUUAAUAUUUUAAGAAUCAAACAAAUUUUUGUCACAUUUCUUUAAAAAAAAAAAAUCUGUGCAUUAUGUACUUAUAUUAAUUUCAUAUUGAUCGCGAGAAUUAAAUAUUUCUCCGAUAAUUUAUGAUUACUAUCUAUAUGAAAAUAAACAUAAAAAUAAUUUUCUGGACCAAUUAAGAACUAUAAUAACAAAUUUAACACAGAAAAUGGAAAACCUAAUCAGUAUAUUACAAUACAUUAAUUUUUUAUAUUUAAUAAGAGUAUUCAUUAGCUUUAUAUCAUAUUUGUCAUAUCUAGUCAAAAUGUUUCUAUUGUCACACAUUCCUUUAUCAGAAAGUAACUUUAAUGCAAUUAAAAUGUUAUUUAAAACAAUUUAUAUAUAGACUUAUUUUGUUAUAUGAUUAAUAUCAUUGGCAAGAAAUAUAAUAUUAAGAAUUUCUCCUAACCUAAGAAGUAAUGCGCACAACAAUUUCAAUGCUAUGUUGCUGGAAAAACUAUUGUAAAGUUUUUUAGGGUUUUAUUAAAUAUUUAUUACUUUUCUAAAUUUUAACUCUAGUUAUAUCAUUCUAUAUGAAAUAUUAACAUAUAAAUAGUACGAAUGUUGAAAAUAUCUUCUCUAAAUGUUGAGGAUUAUUAUUACAUGAUUCAAAAUGGCAGUAAUAUUGUGAUAUAAUAUCAGUGCGCAAAAAUAUAAUUUAAUGAAAUGUGAAAUAAAAAAAUCUGGAUGACAUAUAGAUUAUAGAUAAGCGUUCCUGUAUCUAUUAUAAUUGUAAAUUAAAUGUAAAUAUGAAACUAGGUUUAAAAUUAAAAUUAUAUACAUAUUAUAUAAAAUAUACGAAAUUUCAUU